AUGGUCAAGACAAUCGAGUCCACAGUGCCGAUCAUCGACUUUGGCAAGUUCCUGAAUGGAUCCGAAGCUGAAAGAAAGCUGAUAGCCGGCGAUAUGGUAAAGGUGAUGAGAGAGGUUGGCUUUAUGUACCUUGUUAACCAUGGAAUUGCGCAGGAAUUAAUAAACGAAAUGUUUGCAUGGUCAGCCCGUUUUUUUGCUCUUGACGAAAAUAACAAGAAUUGGUGUCGUCAUCCCGAAGACGGAGCGCACCACCGUGGUUGGUCGCACGUUGGUAAAGAAAAGGUGUCGCAGAUGGUGUUUGAUAGGGAUUUGGUAAAACAGCUGCGGCGGCAGCCUGACGUCAAAGAGUCAUUUGACCUAGGAAACGAAAAUGGCUAUUAUAGCAACAUUUGGCCUCAUGAUGAAGAUAUUCCUGGUUUUAGAGAGUUUUGCAACGGGUUCUUUGCUUGUGAAGACCAUACUGCGAAACAGCUUUUGAGAGCGAUUGCACUGGGACUCGGUCUUGAUGAGGAAUACUUGUUGAAUUUUCACAAGACUUCAGACAAUCAGCUUAGAUUACUCCAUUACCCUCCAACAGAGACCCUAGCGCUUCAAACUGGCGAAAAGGAAAGGAUAGCUGCUCAUACCGAUUUCGGUACUAUGACCAUGCUACUUCAAGACUCGUGCGGCGGACUUGAGGUAGAAGAUCCUCACAUUCCUGGUUUGUUUAUUCCAGCCCCAUAUAUACCAGGCUCAAUCAUCUUGAAUACUGGAGACUUCCUGAUGCGCUGGUCCAAUGAUGUUCUCAAAUCUACUCUACACAGAGUACGGGCACCUCCUAUAGACUCCAAAACGGGUUUGGCACAGCGGCGUUAUUCUAUUCCGUAUUUUGUGGGAGCAGAUAAGGACGUGGUGGUUGACUGUCUUCCUUCGUGCCAUUCGGCUCUGAAUCCGAAGAAAUAUGAGUCGAUUAGUUCGAGAGAGUACAUAGCAAUGCGGUUGCGCGCCACCUAUUAA